AUGGCGCGGACCGCGGGCUUGUUGAGCCGGAACUGGCGUCCCGCCGCGCCAGGGCUCCUCGACGUCACCGAGAAUGACAUCCGCGACAUGAAACUCGCCGAGCUGAGGGCGGUCGCGAAGCGCGCGGGGCUUCAUCCGUCGUGGCACGCGGCGAAAAAGUCAGAUCUCGCGCGGGAACUUGUCUCCAAGAGACGGGAGCACGCGGCGUUCGUGAGGGCCGUGGAAUCUCACGGGUUCAGCGCGGCGGCGCGGCGCGGCGCGGAGGAGAUCAAGGGCGCUUUCAAGAAGGGCGCCAAGGGCCGUGCCGUCGGCAAAGAGCGCGGCUUUGGAGGUGACUCGGACUCGAGCCAAACGCUGCUGAGACGCGCGAUGAGAGCGUGCGUGCACAUCGUGCCGAGCGGAUCGGGCGUGCGAUGCGGACCGAGGGGCUCUUACGUGCUCACGUGCGCGCACUGCGUCGCGUGGGACGGCGAGGGCGACGACUGGGGCGAGGAGAGCUACUACGAUCCCGCCGGUGACGAUGAGGUCGACGGGACCGGGAACGGGAACGGCGGCUCGCGUUACGCCGUCGGAUCCACCACGCAGCGCGCGGGGAGGAUGGUGACCAUCGUCGACGCGCGCGGCGUGCACGCCGGCGCCGUGUGCGUCUACCACUGCGACAAGAUGGACCUCGCGCUGCUCAGGAUCGUGGACGAACAGGGGCGCUUGGAGCCGAAAGCGGCGGUCGGCGCCGGAUGUUUCGAGUGGGACGGAUCGGAGCGAAAGUUCGUCGGCGUCGCGCGAGAGCCGCGACCCGAGUUGGCGCGCGCGAACACCCGCGUCGUGUGCAUAGGGAACCCGUUCGACGUGGACCUCGAGUGCCCGGAGGGGGAGACGCCCAGACCGAUGGGAUUCACGCCGUUCUGGGUCAGCGCCGGUGUGUUGCAGGGACGACUGUUGACUUGGAAGGAGUCGGCGGCAAAGGAAAACUUGGGGAGGCAGAGGCACUCUUGCUGGACCUACUGGGGUCACAGCGGCGCCCCUUUGCUCCGUCCCGUGUUUCACGACGACCCGAACGGAGACGAAAAUUCGAUGCAAGUCGAGGUCGUCGGCAUUCACAAUUCUUGGGACGAUACAAACGGACAGAGACACGCCGUGUCGCUCGAGGAUAUCCAACAGUUCACCGAGGCCGAUCGACGGCGAUGA